UCCCUGAUCUCUGCCGGUGCAAAGUCUUCGAUCAGUCCUGCCUUAGUUUUCCUUUUGAUAUUUAUUUACCAACUCUAUUUUCUCUCAUGCCUUUCCUUUCUUUUUCGCAAGGAUUGCGGGUGAUUUAUUAAUCUGCCUUUCUUGCACAUCGGCCAGGAGGGGUAAAAAAAGUAUCCGACGUUACUGACAGAUUUAUGAGCCAAUUGCGAACCAUCGCCUCAAGGCUACAUGAUUUGAUCCCGGUAGAGAAGAAGUGCUUGUUUGAAUUAGUCCAUUUGAACAAAGGGAUCCGGGGGAUGUACAACAUUGUAUUACACCGUUUGAUUGCAGCUUUUUUUUGGUGUGGGUUCUUAUAAUUCCUAAAGAUUGCAGCUACCUGGACAAAUUUUCUUCAGCAACAGAAAUGUUUCCUCACAACCGCUCGUCGGUACCGCCAUCCGCCACCCCAGCUGCCUCAUCCCAAACUUUGAAAUUCACCUUCCCAGAAACGUUGGAUCGGAUUAAGGAAGAAUUCCAGUUCCUACAGGCACAGUACCACAGCCUCAAGAUGGAAUGUGAAAAGUUGGCCAGUGAGAAGACUGAGAUGCAGCGACAUUAUGUGAUGUACUAUGAGAUGUCAUAUGGCCUCAAUCUUGAGAUGCAUAAACAAACUGAAAUAGCGAAGAGACUGAAUGUGAUCUGUGCUCAGCUCCUUCCUUACCUCUCACAAGAACAUCAACAACAGGUAAUCCAGACCAUUGAACGUGCAAAGCAGGUGACCAUGGGCGAGUUAAAUGCUGCAAUUGGGGUCCGAGGACUUCCUAUUCUACCACCCCCACACCACUUCCAACCCCAACAGCUGUCCCACCACGCUUCUCCAUUCCCGCUUGCUCUCCACCCAUCGGGGCUGCAGCUUCCUGCCAUGUCUUCAAUUGGAGCCAGCUCAGGUCUUCUGGCCCUCUCCAAUGCCCUUGCAGCACACCCCCAGUUUGCCCUUAAAGAAGAGAAGAACCAUCAAGAUCCGGAGCAUCGUAGAGACAGAGACCAAGGGUCGAGUUCUGUGCACUCGUCCAAUGGUGACAAGCCAAGAAACUCCUCGGAAUAUCCCAUCCACCUCAAGAAAAAGAAGACUGAGGAGCGGGAUUCAGUGAAUGAUUAUGACAGUGAUGAAGACAAGAGUGAUGAUAAUCUUGUAGUUGAUGUUUCCAAUGAGGAGCCUUCAUCUCCUCACAACAGUCCUCCCCAAGCAGCACAUGAAAAUGGAUUAGACAAACUGCAUGUGAGGAGGAAGACACAGGGGAAUAGUCCCACGUCACUGGUUACAACAAGCAGCACUCCCCCUCCGCUAAAAAGUAAAGAGCCGGUUGUGAACGAGAAGUCCAGCACACCUGGUCUGAAGUCUGGUGUGCCGCCGUCUCGGAGUGACUCAGCGACCCCCAGUACUAGCGGCACCUCACAGCACUGCUCAGCGCCCGGCAAAUCAGGGGCUGAUCCACUAGCUUUAGGGUUAAAAACGCCACUAUCUGUACAGGGUGCUUUCCCAGUCCCAUUUGGGAUGGUCCACACUGCGGUGAAUGGUGGGAUUGCUGGUGCCAAUGCCUAUGGAGGCUUGCAUUUUGCUUCUCCUCAACUUAAUGGCGGAGCCUCAGCCUCCACGUUUGGACGUUCAACUGUGGCUGGUUUUGAACAUCACACACACAAGCGAGCCUCAGGACUUCCUGGGAGUCUGUCCGCAGCAACUGCAGGAAAGCCUGCCUAUUCAUUCCACGUUGGAGCUGACAGACAGAUGCAGCCCGUGGCGUUCCCGACUGAUGCUCUUACAGGGACGGGCAUACCUCGGCACGCUCGACAGAUCAACAACCUUCCCCACGGAGAGGUGGUGUGCGCUGUGGCCGUCAGUAACUUCACCAAGCACGUGUACACAGGAGGAAAGGGCUGUGUGAAAGUGUGGGAUAUCAGUCAACCAGGAAACAGAAGCCCAGUCUCCCAGCUGGAUUGUCUGAACAGAGAGAACUACAUCCGCACCUGUAAAUUAUUCCCAGAUGGCCGCAGUCUGAUUGUGGGCGGAGAAGCUAACACCAUUUCCAUCUGGGAUCUCGCAGCUCCAAGCCCACGAAUCAAAGCUGAGCUAACCUCAUCCGCUCCCGCUUGCUAUGCGCUGGCCAUUAGCCCAGAUGCUAAAGUCUGUUUCUCUUGCUGCAGCGAUGGAAGCAUUUUUGUCUGGGACUUGCAUAAUGAAACGCUCAUUAGGCAGUUCCAGGGCCACUCGGAUGGUGUGAGCUGCACAGACAUUUCUAAUGAUGGGACCAAACUAUGGACUGGAGCACUGGACAACACAGUCAGGUGCUGGGACCUGAGAGAGGGACGUCAGGUGCAUCAGCAUGACUUCGCAUCACAGAUCUUUGCACUAGGAUGCUGCCCAACUGGAGGGUGGCUCGCUGUUGGCACAGAGAGCAGCAACGUGGAAGUUUUACAUGUCAACAAACCAGACAAAUAUCAACUUCACCUUCAUGAGAGCUGUGUUCUGUCACUCAAAUUUGCUUAUUGUGGUAAAUGGUUUGUAAGCACUGGAAAAGACAACUUGUUAAAUGCAUGGAGAGUACCAUACGGAGCAAGUAUAUUCCAGUCCAAAGAAUCAUCAUCUGUGCUAUGCUGUGACAUCUCGGUUGAUGACCAAUAUGUUGUUACUGGCUCAGGGGACAAGAAAGCCACAGUGUAUGAAGUAAUUUACUGAGAAUUCAAUUCUUUCCUGAGAGAGGAGGGAAUGGGAUGGGGAGGGGAGAGCAUUUAACAGAGACCUCGCGCCUGGAUCAGUUAACCACAUUACCCAAGGAGCACAUCCAGUAGAGUCCACAUCCUCGUUGGAAGACUGUCUCAUGUGGCCUUGACUUGGUUGUUGAAAUUUAACUUUGACUUGCUUUAGCAAGGGAGGAAUUCUGAGUUGACCAAAGCAGCGGAUUCUCAUCUGAAGAGGAAGGUUUACUCACCUCGAGAUCCUGUGGUCCAGCUAACUUCAUAAUUGAUGCUAAUGUUUAGGGUAACACAUUCAUUGUACAAUUUCUUUUAUUUCUUGGUUUGGUUAACUGUAACUUUGAAAUUUGCCAUUGGGUUUGGUCAUUUGUUAGGGGAAAUAAUAAGCUGUUUGAUUAAGACGAUAUACUGUAACUCUUUCUUGGCUUGCUGCUUCUGGAUCUGACCAGCUGUGACACCUAUUUUUCAUCACAAAUUAAGCUUUAAACCAUACAUAAUAUACAUCUUUUUAUGUUGUGCUGUUCGUUUGUAGAACAGUGUGACGUUUGAAACCUUGGCUUGCUCUCCUCCUUCCCAAUCCCCCUCUGUCCUCAUAUAAACUAGUGUCUGUGUGUUAGCAUUUUAUAGACAGCAGUUCAAAUGUGAUUAUAGGAGUUGACUGCUUUGAAAUCGUGGUUCCAUUUCCAUUUGCCUGUACAUGUUUCAAGGUUUGUCAUUGCCUGAAACUCUUAUUCAUUAUUUGGCUAAUUCCCUGCUUUGGCAAGGAUCGUAAUUUCCACCACUUGUCUGAGUCUAACUUCCCUCAGUGUGGAGGUACAGUGGGAGCAAUUGACUUUUUGAACCUUAAGGAAGAUCUUCAGUUGAGGCAGGAGGAGAGCACAAGGAUUACACGUAAUGCAGAAGACCAUAAGUGUGAUGUAACGAAAUGAGUUGCUUUAGAAAACAGAAAAAUAAUCUAUGUUGAACAAUCUGUUUCAUUCACCGGAAAAAUACACCUCAUGUGGGUACAAGUACUGGGACUUCAAGUGAACAGACUGCGGAUGGCUGCAAUUCACACCACAGAUUAAAGCAACUUUUGCCACUUGACUUGAAGAAUUACAACCUACUAUGGUCCACGUCCAGUUGGGUUUAAAUGUUGCAAUUUACUUGAACGUGUUUCUAAAACUUGGGCUACGCAAUCUCAUGGAUUUAUUAAUGAAGUCUGUAGAAAGCCAUUGUCAGCACAGAUUGUAUUUGCAAAGAGCUCCACACUGGUUUUUAAACCCUUUCGGAUUAUUUUCAUAUUUGGGCAAAUAUUUCUUGCAAAGCCAAUGGAUAAAUAUUGUAAUAACAUGACUAUUAUACAAGAAGCAUCUUGUCCUGCUGACAUCUGGGCAGCCAAGUAGUUGCUUUUUAUUUCUAAUUUACAACAUGGCCUCACGGUUUUGGUCAGACAUGCUAUUUGGAGAAAUUUGUUGUCGUAGUUACCAUUUUAUCUAUUUUUCCUUCUCUUUCACCAUCCACAACAUUAAAAGCAAUAAUUGUAAAGGUACUCAUUAGGUUGUCCUUCUCUUCCUCUUACUUUCCAUGGUUCUUCAAAAUGCUUGUACCUUGAUAUGUGGUUCCAUGUCCAUUGGUUGCUUUCCAGUACUUGUCCAAAGCUGCCAUUCUCUAGUGUGCCAGAAUGGUGCGCACCCAUUCAUUAUCUGACCUAGGAAGGCACCACUUGUAAGCAUGAUCCCAUCUUUGCCUGACAGCUAGACAAGAACUCCCUCCAAUAAAAUUGCUGGUGAGUAAUCAAGAACAAUUUUCCACCCAAGUCCUGACCAUCUAAUACCACCCACUCCUUUUAAAAAGUCCUGAGGCUGAUUUUUGUGCUACUGUUACCCCCUGGAUAACUGAUUCAGCACAGGGCAAAAAUCAAACUGGGUUCUAAGGGCAUUUACCAAUCCUGUUUUCAUCUGGUUUUGAAGGUAGCUUGGCAUCUUUCUAACAAUCUGUUUACUUCAAAAACACCUGAUCACCUGGUGCACACAGGCAGACAUACGCACAUGCACGCGUGAACGCGCGCACACUUUCUCUUAGCGGUGGAGGGUUCCUAAAGGUGUCUAGUGAUUCCAUCAACUUUAUUACACCCAGUUUUUAAGAACUCUUGCUUUUCCCAAAUGGUCUAAAAUAAAUGGUCCGUAUGGUGUGACUAUUUGACCAUUAACCAUUUGGAUUGCCUUUUUGGGAAAAAUGGUUGAGCUUCAGUCUGAGAGGUGACUAACUUGGCUAAAGUCAUGGACCUUUGGGGUUUGAGAAUCAUGAAGUUCUAUUUUGUCAUCUCCACGAUGGGAGAAUAGCUGUUGAAUGGUACAUGUAGUGGAGCAUAAACCAAAUAAAUUAUCAGUCUGAUUUGACUGAUCCAGGAUCUGGAAUGUCUGCUAUACCAUUGUCCUCUUGUUCUAAAACAUGCUGUGUAUAUGGCCUUAUACAUUUUGACCAGUUCCCUCUCCUCUUGGCCAAGUGUAGACAUUUCCAUUUCGGUUGUUGGCUUUGGUACAAUGGAAUAGGAAGAGUCCAUGCGACUGUGAAGGUGAGCUCUGGUGUGUUCAGGUCCCCUGAGCCUCUUUCCUCUUUAUGGAUGCUGCAAUGAAAGAAGGUUGUGUACAUUUUUUUUUUGUUGCCUCCACUGUUAAAAUAAUGACUGUAAACAUUAAGAUUGCCCUAAUUAUCAACUUGUAUAUUUGGUUUGGAUGGUAACUGUGCCUCUACCUUCCUCUUGGAAGAAAUAAAUAAAUUGCUAAAUUCUUCAGUGACACCUAGGUAUUUUUGUUGCCCAAUAUGGUGAUUUGUAAUGUUCAAAAUCCUUCCAUGUUUCAUGCUUUUACAUCCCAGUUUGGGAUGAAUUUGUAGUUUAUGCCUUUAAAAUCCCAAUAAACUAUUUUGUAUGUGA